AAAGUAUGCUUCCAACAACAACGUGAAGACUGUCUUUGGAAGAAUAUAUUACAACUGUGACAGUGUAUUGGCUUUGGAUCCUGGUAAAAUACACAAGACAUGCAAACAAUGAAGAUCAACCAGACUAUCUUGAAGGAAUUCAUUCUUGUUGGCUUUUCUAUAUACCCAAAUGUACAGACAUUCCUCUUUGUGGUCUUCUUUUGCCUCUACCUUCUCACCCUUGCAGGUAAUCUCACCAUCAUGGGUCUAACCUGGGUGGACAGGUCUCUCCACACGCCUAUGUACCUCUUCCUUAGUGCACUCUCUUUCUCCGAGACCUGCUACACGUUGGCUAUCAUCCCUAAGAUGCUGGAAGAUCUGCUGGCUAAGAACAGAAGCAUUUCAGUCGUGGGUUGUGGCUUACAGAUGUGUUUCUUCCUGGGACUUGGUGGCACAAACUGUAUCAUCCUCACUUUGAUGGGAUAUGACCGCUUCCUGGCCAUCUUUAACCCUCUAAGAUACCCACUGGUUAUGACCAACAUUGUGUGUGGACAACUUGUGGCUUCUGCCUGGGUUGGAGGCUUCUUCAUCUCUCUGAUAGAGACUGCACUGAUAUUCAGGGGCUCUUUCUGCAGCCCCAACCUCAUCAAACACUUCUUCUGCCAUAUGCGGGCAGUUGUCAGGCUGUCCUGUACAGACAGCGACCUCAUAGAGUUCAUUGUGACAGUGAUCUCAGUGUCAGGCUUGCUGGGUACCUUUCUGCUCAUUAUCCUGACUUAUGUUUUCAUUCUCUCCACUGUCCUCAGGAUCCCUUCGGCCAAGGGCAAGCAGAAGGCAUUCUCCACCUGCACCUCCCACCUCACAGUGGUCAUCAUCCACUUUGGUUUCGCAUCUAUUGUUUAUUUGAAGCCAGAAGCCUCAGGGGGAGAUGACACACUCAUAGCAGUCCCUUACACUGUCAUCACCCCUUUGCUCAGCCCAGUCAUAUUCAGCCUCAGGAACAAUGACAUGAAGAAUGCUUUUAGAAAGAUGAUGGGAAAGACACUGGCCCUGAAAAAAUAAUCUCACACCAUUGCUACUGGUUUGAAGCACUGCUCAUUUUCCCCAGAAUUCAAUGGGGCAUUUAUCCUGUGACUUCUGGAUAAGCCUAUACCAUUUGCCUUUAUUCAGAGAUUGGGAUAUGCGGGGAGCAAGGUUGACUGAGACUAAGACAUGAGCCAUCACAGGCAUUUACUUAGCUUGUUAAAGAAGUGGCCCAAGACUUCUACUUUCCAGUAUUAGAGGAAGAAUGUCCUGCAGAUAUGUGGAUUCUGCCAAUCAACUUCUGAGUGUCCUGUACCCUUUAUGAAGUGGGAAAAGAAAGAGAAUGAAAGGAAAACAAACAAACAAACAAAAACCAGGAUAUAAAACUGCUGCACUAAGAGAUGUUUUAAAUAGCUAAAGGAAUAAAAGUUGAAGAAUUUUUCUAGGCAAGAUUGCCAAACACUGGUUGCACUCCCAGUAGAUAAACCAUUUCUGAUAAGAGAUAUACCCUGCAAAAACUAACAAGUGUCUAUUAGUGCAUAUGUGGAUACACGCACACACAUACACACACACACACACACACACACACAUUUUUAAGUGCUCAUGCCAUAACACCCUGUUCACAACUGUGGCCUUCCAUUGACUGCCAUGUGCUAACUUCUGAGUAUACAGCAUAUCCUUCAACAUUUCUUCAUAAGAGUAAAGAAAACAUUACAGCCUACAUCUUCUAUGACUGAGGGAACUGUGUAUUUGAGAAAUGUGUCCCCAUUUUCUCUAAGGUGAAGACAUUCAAAGCAAAUGUUGCAAAUGUUAAACUUUGCCAUGAUAUUGAGAGAUUUGACAAAGAAAACUGCUUUGAAAUAAUUUUGGCAUGGUGUACAAUGUGUAAAGGACAAAACCAGAUGAACACAGCAUCAAUUCUUUAUAUCACCAGAAAUGAAAUAAGAAACACUGCGGAGUUUUUGUCACAGAAGAAUAGUGAAUGGUCUUAAUGAAAAUGCAGACAUGCAAGCCUAGGGAAUCUCCUGAAUCUUUUUUUCAGCUCUGCUGUUAG